AUGGGGACCAUGCCGCGGACCCUGGAGCUCUUCUACGACGUGCUGUCCCCCUACUCCUGGCUGGGUUUCGAGAUCCUGUGCCGAUAUCAGCACCUGUGGAAUGUGGACCUGCGGCUGCGCCCAAGCCUCAUUGCGGGGAUCAUGAAGGACAGCGGAAAUAAGCCGCCCGCCCUGCUGCCCCGCAAAAAACAGUACCUGACCCAAGACCUCAUUUACCUCCGUGAACAUCUCCAGAUUCCCAUCCAUUUCCCCAAGGAUUUCCUCUCCGUGAUCCUGGAGAAAGGAAGCCUUUCCGCCAUGCGGUUCCUCACCGCCGUGCAGCUGGAGUGCCCUGAGAUGCUGGAGAAGGUGUCCAGGGAGCUAUGGAUGCGUGUCUGGUCACGGGAUGAAGACAUCACCGAGCCCCAGAGCAUCCUUGCUGCUGCAGAAAAAGCUGGGAUGUCUGCAGAACAGGCCCAAAGGAUUCUGGGGAAGAUCUCGACAUCGGAGGUGAAGAACCAGCUUAAGAAGACAACUGAGGCAGCCUGCAAAUAUGGGGCCUUCGGACUGCCCAUCACCGUGGCCCACGUGAACAACAAGGCUCACAUGCUGUUUGGCUCCGACCGCAUGGAGCUGCUGGCUCACCUGCUUGGAGAGAAGUGGAUGGGCCCUGUGCCCCCGGUCCCCGGAGCCAAGCUGUAG